CUAGAUCCUUCGCGACCUAAUCGGCACUUCAGGGAUCUAGUCCGAUCACUCAGUCGAACCGCCAAUUUUCGCGGUCUCGCUUGUUCCGGAGCUAGCCCGCUGAGCACUGAGAGCUGCAAUCUGUGGCAUCAAUCUUUAGCGUCAAUCUGUACAUCAGUCUGUAACAUCGGGUCCCUGGCAUUUGUCUGUAGCAUUCGCCAACCAUGAGGCCUCAUAAUCCUCCCCCGGGCUGGCGUCCCCCUCCGCCCGGCGCCGCUCCCCCUUAUGGUCCGCCUCCUGGAUCCGCUCCGCCCAGCGCGGCCCGGUUACCCGCCCGGUCAGCAGCCCCCGCAACAGCCUGGUUUUCCGCGCGGGCCCCCUGGUCCCGGACAGGCUCCGCCUGGUCCGCCGGAACCCGCGCAACAGCCUGGCGCAAGGCCCGGGGACCUGGUGCUCCAUAUCCCGGCGGACCGUUCGCGGGGCCUCCGCCAGGUUCUCGCCCCACAGGUCCGCCUCCCCCUGGUGUUGCGCCGCCCGGCGCGCGAGGCCCGCCAGCUGGAUUUGCGGGUCCGCCUGCGGGUUUCGGAGGGCCUCCCGCGGGUGGCCCGCCAGGCGGAGCAGUCCGUCCGCCUGGCCUUUCGGCGGGCCACCUGCGGGGGGACCGCGCCCAGGUGGUCCUCCGCCAGGAGUUGGCGGACCUCCGCCGGGUUUUGCUCCGCCAGGCGCCGCUCCCCCUGGCGCUCCGCGCCCCACCGGUCCCCCGUCCUGGAUACCCUGGUGCGCAGCAGCAGUACCCUGGCUACCCCCCCGCAGCAGCAGGGCCCCCCGCCACCGGCGCAACCCCGCGCUCCGCCUAGCGGACCUUCGCCAUAUGGUCCGCCAUCGUACGGAGUUCCGCAGCCAGCGCAGC